CACCCCGCCGGGCGAGCGCGGUGACUGACAGCGCCGGGCAGCCAGUGGCCGCAGCGCCGUGCGGCCGAGCCCGGCGCCGUCUCCCCGGUGACCGGGGCAGCCGCUGCCUCGGCGGAGUAGCCGGAGUCCCGUGGGACAGAGAUCUUCAUCAGAUGGAGUGAUGAAGUGAUACUGUUGAAACAUGAUAAAAAACUGGAUUAAAUAAAAGCUUUCCUAUUUUAGGAAAAAAUAGCCAAAAUGUACAGACCAGGAGAAACAGUCAAACGUCGACUCAACAUGCACGCUCCUGCACGGAUAAGAAGUGUGGAAGUUGCUCGAGGAAGAGCAGGUUAUGGGUUUACCCUUUCUGGACAAGCUCCUUGUGUUCUCAGUUGUGUGAUGAAGGGAAGCCCUGCAGAUUAUGUUGGACUUAAAGCAGGAGAUCAGAUAUUUGCAGUUAAUGAAAUCAAUGUGAAAAAAGCCUCUCAUGAAGACGUAGUGAAACUUAUAGGGAAAUGUUCUGGAGUCCUGCACAUGGUCAUUGCUGAAGGGAUUAGUCAUAUGGAUUCAUGUUCAAGUGAUGAAGAAGUUGGUUUUUAUGAUGGGAAGGGGUGGCUGAAACCCAAACCUGACUCUAAAGCACUGGGUAUAAACAGAGCUGAGAAAGUUGUUGAAGAAAUGCAGUCUGGUGGCAUUUUCAACAUGAUCUUUGAGAAUCCUGCUCUUUGUUCUGGUAACUCAGAUAAUUCUGCACCAAAACAAAGAUCAUUUUCAGUUUCUGCUGCUAUGAAAUUUGAAACUGGCAAUGAAAGUGUAAGCAACCCAAACCUACUGUCAAAGGAAGAAAUAGCCAAAGUUCUGAAUGAUGAUUCAGUUUUUAGAAUUGGACUGGAGAGUGCAGAAGACUUUGGAUUAGAUGCAAGCAUUUUGAAUGUUGCCAUGAUUGUAGGUUAUUUAGGCUCCAUUGAACUUCCUUCAACAACUGCAAAUUUGGAAACUGAGAGUUUACAGGCCAUUCGUGGGUGCAUGAGACGUCUGCGGGCAGAGCAAAAGAUCCAUUCCCUGGUGAUGAUGAAGAUAAUGCAUGACUGUAUUCAGCUCUGCAGUGACAGAUCAGGUGUUGUGGCAGAAUAUCCUGCAGAGAAACUGGCAUUCAGUGCUGUUUGUCCUGAUGAUAGAAGAUUCUUUGGGCUAGUUACAAUGCAGACAAAUGAUGAUGCAAGCUUGGCUCAGGAAGAUGAAGGGGUCCUGAGGACAUCUUGCCACGUUUUUAUGGUGGAUCCUGAAUUAUUUCAUCAUAAAAUUCACCAGGGUAUUGCAAGACGUUUUGGACUGGAAUGUACAGCGGAUCCAGAUACAAAUGGCUGUCUGGAGUUUCCAACAUCAUCUCUACCUGUCCUGCAGUUUAUUUCUGUCCUGUAUAGGGAUAUGGGGGAAUUGAUUGAGGGAAUGCGUGCGAGGGCGUUCCUUGAUGGCGAUGCAGAUGCUCAUCAGAAUAACAGCACGAGCAGCAACAGUGACAGCGGAAUUGGAAAUUUCAACCAGGAAGAAAAGAAUAAUAGAGUUCUGGUGGUUGAUUUAGGGACCAAUCCAAGUAAACACAUUCCUAGCAGCAUAUGGGAAAACCCAGUAGCAAGGGGACAAAAUCAGCCUGCUUCCCAUUGGAAUGGCUUCUGUCAUGAGCAAGAGGGAAACAUGCCUUUAGAAGUAAUUCAGAAUGACAAGGCCCAAAAUGUGAGCAAACACUUGAGCCCUUCUGCUCGUAUUGAAGUUCCUUUGGUUUCCUCCCGAAAUUCAGUACCCCCAUCAAAGAAAACCGCUCCAGGCACGGGCAGUCAGAGGUGGCUGCCUGUGCAUGUUUUACAGGAGUGGCAGCAGGGAAAUGCCAGCGACCAGGAGUCGUACACGGACUCCACAGACGGCUGGUCGAGUGUGAACUGUGGCACCUUGCCCCCACCCAUGAGUAAGAUUCCAGCUGACAGGUACAGAGUCGAUGGCAGCUUUGGUCAGCCACAGCUGAAGUCACACAAAAGUGAAUGGUCCAAGAAGGUGUUCUGCAUUCAGAACAAAUUUGGCCCUCCACACAGUAUCAGGAAAUCUAAAGAAGAUAAAAAGGGUGCAAAAUUUGGGCAUUCAAUGGGAUUAAAUCAGGCUCCUCCUCCACGUUCUUCUGCUCGAAGAUCAUUUGGAAGAUCGAAGCGAUUUAGUAUUACUCGCUCUCUGGAUGACCUUGAGUCAGCAACUGUUUCUGAUGGAGAGCUGAAUAGCACUGAGUUGAAAGACUGCAUCAGUGAGAACAGCCUGAGUAGCAAUGCCAGCCUCCCCAGCGUGCAGAGCUGCCGGCGCCUGCGAGAGAGGAGAGUUGCAAGCUGGGCUGUUUCCUUUGAGCGUCUUCUUCAGGAUUCUGUUGGUGUUAAAUAUUUCUCGGAAUUUCUACGAAAAGAAUUUAGUGAAGAAAAUAUUUUGUUCUGGCAGGCCUGUGAAUAUUUUAAUCAUGUACCUGCACAUGAUAAGAAAGAGCUUUCUUACAGGGCUCGGGAGAUCUUCAGUAAGUUCUUGUGUAGCAAAGCUACAACCCCAGUUAAUAUUGACAGCCAGGCACAGCUGGCAGAUGAUAUUCUCAAUUCUCCCCAUCCAGAUAUGUUCAAGGAACAGCAACUUCAGAUAUUUAACUUGAUGAAGUUUGAUAGCUAUACUCGCUUUCUCAAAUCCCCCCUUUACCAAGAAUGCAUCUUAGCUGAAGUGGAAGGACGUCCUCUUCCUGAUCCUCAGCGUGUUCCCAGCAGCCCCACCUCUAAACACAGCGUCAGUUCAGAGAAGUCCAACAUAUCAACACCAAAAAAGCUAAGUGGUAAGUCAAAGUCAGGAAGAUCUUUAAAUGAAGAGUCAGGAGAGGAGGACACUGAGAAGAAGAAAAGGGGAACAUUCUUCUCGUGGUCAAGAAGUAAGAGUUUGGGAAAAUCACAGAAGAGAAGAGAAAAUGGUGAUUAUCCAAACGAUUCUUUUCAGUCCAAUGGAUUGUCAUACAGACGGGAAUCACAAGGCUCCAUGUCAUCCACUGCUAGUCUCGACUUGUCUGAAACCUCAAGAUUACCUGCAUUUGUACCAGAUAAAGACAAAUCCCCCAAAUACUGCUGUGUAAACCUUCCAGAUGGCUCAUCGAGCAAAAUGGCUGUGAAAUCAGGGUUCUCCAUCAAAGAGGUGCUCUCUGGGGUCUGUGAGAAACAUGGCAUCAACAUAGCUGCAGUGGACCUGUUUCUAGUUGGAGGCGAUAAGCCCCUGGUGUUGCACCAGGACAGCAGUAUCCUGGAGUCUCGGGACCUGCGCUUAGAAAAACGCACUUUAUUUCGGCUGGAUCUUGUUCCUAUCAAUCGGUCAGUUGGUCUGAAGGCAAAACCCACCAAACCAGUAACAGAGGUUUUAAGACCUGUUGUUGCAAAAUAUGGUCUAAAUCUUAAUGAACUUGUGGCAAGACUAAGUGGUGAGCAGGAACCACUUGAUCUUGGUGUCCCUAUAUCUAAUCUGGAUGGUCAGCGGGUUGUUCUAGAUGAAAAAGAACCAUCAAAGGGUAGAGAGAAACAAAGGGGCGUUUUAGUAAAACAGACUGCAACUGUAUCUUCUUCAAGAAGUCAAGGAUCUACUAAUUUUUUGAACUCAUAUCCAAAGCACAAAGUAACAGAGCAGAUGACCAACGUGGACUGCUAAGGAAAGAAGACCUUAUUCUUCCUGACUUUCUUCGUUUACCACCCACUGGACCAGAACCGUCCUCAUCUACUCCCGCAGGUCCUAAAGGCCUCAGCAAACGAGUUUCAAAAAGUGAUGGCAGUGAUGGAUGUACAUCACCCAGUGGAAAACAGGAGCCCGUGCAAAACUUUAAUGAAAAUUCAGUAAAGAAAAUGGGUUACUCAGAAAGCAAACAUAAAUCUGCUUUGGCAGCACUCCACAGCCAGAAGACUUUCAGUGUUCCUUUUAGUCCUCCGUUGUCUCCAAUUCCGCACGCGCAGGAGAACAAUGCCACAGUGUGGAAAAGGCAGUCGAGAGAGUUGCAGGCUGAAGGCAUUCAGAUGGUAGAUGAUGAGAAUGUGGCAGACUUGACUCUUGUGGCUGAAGGAGAUAUCAGUAGCCCUAACAGCACUUUGCUUCCACCACCACCACCAACGCCACCGUCAGACAUCAGUAAACUCACGGAAGCCAACUAUCCGCCCCCAACUCCUUUUGCAGGUAAUCAGGAAAAAUCUGGAUAUCAAAGAUCCAAUUCAGGUAUUUCUAGAUUUUAAUAGUCUUUCCUUUUGUGUGAAACUACUUUUCUUUGGCACUGUUAAUCAGUAUUUGGCACCCAUUAAAACAACAAAAUUCUCUCUGCACCUUAUUUAUUUUUUUUUUUUAAACCAAAAAAAAGAAUUAAGAAAGAUUUUAAUUGCCUUAGUCUGUUCUAACUGUAAUACUUCUGGUUGCCUUUACAAUGUACUUUUGUUUGGAUUUGGAAUGUAACCAAAACUGGCCACAUGCAGACAAACCUUUGAAAUGCAUCCACGUGCUAUAAUUAUCUCAUUCACCCUCAGAGUACAAAACAGGGUAUCAGCAUUUUGAGCUCCAUAGCACUGUUGUGUUCCAGAUUUUCUGAUCCAUUUCUCAUAAUGAGAUACAUGAUUAGGGUUUGGAAGUUUAAAUACUUUAACAAAAACCCUAAUUAUGUGUUGAAAAUUGCGGUAUUGUUGAUGAUUAAAAUUCUAAAUGGAUAAGCCUCAACUUUAAAUAUAUUUCACUAAUAAAUUUGAUAUUUGUGACUAAAAAUAAAAGUUAUUUUUUUUAACCCAUACUUUGCUACACAGAGAAAUAGAUUGCAUCUAUCACACUUUCUCCCAGAAUAUUCACAUAUCAAGAAGCUUUCUAUUAGAUAAUUUUAAAGAAAAUAUGUAACUUUUUUAGGAUGUAAGUUUCAUGGUUUAGCAAUAUCGCAGAGCAAUAUUAGCCCAAGGCUGAAGUAUGGAAUUUCUAUAUAAACAUGGACUCUAAUAAUAAUUGCUAUUACCAGAAACAGGAAUUUGAAGACAAUGGGUGUCGUGACAUUGGCAUUUUACAGUCAUUGAACUGUGCAUUUUAAUGUAAAAUAUAAGAAGAGGUAUCUAUGUGCUACAUUUAUUUUUGAUGUUUCACAAACAUAUGGUGCCAUAUUUGUAUGAUCACAUUUCUUUGUGAUGUGGGAAUAUACAUUUUAAUUAUUUAUCUUUUUACACAGAGUAUUUGAUACUGUUCUUUAUCUAUAUGGUUGAUGAUUUGUAAAUACUUCUUUGGUUGUUGGAUGCUUAUAAAUGGCAAUGCAAAUUAUUUCAUCCUCUUGGUAUUUUAAAAGCCAAUUCCUUUAUUAGUAGUAUCUGAGAAAUGUUCUAUAAGCUCUACCACUUAAUUUCUGAAACUGAGUAUUGGACGGACUUGUAACCAGUGCCUAUGAAUAACAGAACCACAAAAUGUACUUCAGACAUAUUGAUGUAUAUAUGCAUAGAUUUGUGUUGGUGUCUUUCUGAUAAUAUGUCAAGUGUACAACAUAGGUAUUAAUUUGCAUAUUUUUCAGUGAGAACUGUUAAAAAAAACCAUUUGCACUUAAAAAAAACUUCAUGAAUUUACAAUAUUUUAAUGCAUGCCAUAAGUUUCUGUGUAACCACUGAGCUGUAGCUUUCCCUUUUCCCACUUUCUACUUUUUACUUUGUAGAAAUCUUUGUGUAGUUUUCACAUGUAUUUUGUAUCCUUGUUCUCUCAGGAGUAAUAAAUUCUAGCUCUAGUUACGCAAA